AAGAGGAGAGAUGAAGGCUGCAAAAUUGAAUUAUAGUGGGGACCACAGAAGAAGAAAUGAAGGAGGGGCGGCUUGGAACUUUACAGGAUUUGAUAUACACUGCACGUGACUGGACUACAGAGCAGAAUUCACUGGAGUGUCAACAACUUAGUCUUGUUUGUGUAAAAAGCUGCACCGGUAGCCCUGAAGCUUCAUUGCAGCUUUAUUAUCGCUGCUGCUCUGGAACAGUUCUGAGACGGUAAAUAAAAAGAGGGAGAGAGAGGGGAAGACAUGCCCCCAGGCUGGAAUCAAACUUGUAUCGCUGCGGCAAGGACUUAGCCUCCUGGUAUGUGUGCUCUAGCAGGGUGGUCUAUGCUCAGUCAAAGCAGGCACAAAGCGCCCACAAUGCAAUGGAGCCUACUGGAAAUUCCCCAGGAUGCCUUACUGUCACCGCUGCAACACCCCGCACGUCACCCGCCUUAAUUAACCAAUCGGCAUUGAACCUUGUGGCUCCUUGUUCACGCUGAAUACGUUCACUGUGGGUGGCAGAGAGAGUGGCUGAUGGAGCGAGCAGAUGGAUGCCACUGGGGGAAAAAUCACACUGAUCCGGUUGAAUCGAUGAUUUGAUCAGAUGCUGAACAGAAGUGUGCGGGUGAAGCCGCAGGAGGACAGAGAGCAUGCAGGCAAGAUCUGAUGCUUCAGCACGUUGGACAGCUCCGCUCCGGAUCCGGAGUCCGUCAGGUUUUCUCUUCAUCUGACCACCAGUAGACAAGACUCUCCUCCAGGAUGACAGGGAACCUGUCUCUGUGGGUUUCCACACCUGCUGAUCCUUUACAGAAUGACUCUGUCUUCUCCCUGCUGAGCUCGCCUGCUCCAACCUCCCCGCCACCCUGGGAGGCUCCAUCAUUCACAGUGGCGGCCCGUUGCCGUGUCGCAGCCACUCUGGUGCUGUUUGUCUUCGCUGCUGCCAGUAACUUGUCGGUCCUAAUCAGCGUGUGCUGGGGGCGAGGUUAUCGCCUGGCGGCACACCUGCGCCCACUCAUCGCCAGCAUGGCAUCCGCUGAUCUUGUAAUGACUUUUGUGGUGAUGCCGCUGGAUGCCAUUUGGAACAUUACAGUGCAGUGGUAUGCUGGGGAUAUCAUGUGUAAGCUGCUGUGCUUCCUCAAGCUCUUUGCCAUGCACUCAGCAGCAUUCAUACUGGUGGUGGUGAGUCUGGACCGCUAUCGGGCCAUCCUUCAUCCUUUGGAUUCUCUCGAUGCGGGGCUCAGGAACAGACGCAUGCUGCUGGUGGCCUGGACUCUGAGUCUGCUGCUGGCAUCUCCACAGCUGUUCAUCUUCCGGGCCAUUAAAGCUGAUGGAGUGGACUUCACUCAGUGUGUGACCCACGGAAGUUUCCAGUAUCUCUGGCAGGAGACGGCAUACAACAUGUUUCACUUUGUGACGCUGUAUGUCUUCCCCCUGCUUGUCAUGACUUUCUGCUACACCCGCAUCCUCGCCAAGAUCAAUGGGCAGAUGCACAAGACCAAAGAUGGUGAGCAUUGCCUUAGACGCAGUGGAACAGACAUGAUACCCAAAGCCCGGAUGAAGACCCUCAAGAUGACCAUUGUGAUCGUUAGCUCUUUUGUCAUCUGUUGGACACCCUACUACCUCCUGGGGAUCUGGUACUGGUUCCAACCAGCCAUGAUCAAGCACACACCUGAGUAUGUGCACCAUAUACUGUUUGUCUUUGGCAACCUAAACACGUGCUGUGAUCCUGUCAUCUAUGGCUUCUACACACCGUCUUUCCGGGCCGAUCUCGCUGACGUGUUGGCAUGCUGCCAUGGUCGGCAAACCAAUGCCUCGCCCCGCUCUGUGGAUCGUCUGUCUGCUCGAAGUGCUGGAGCUGCUGUGGAGAUGGAGUCUGAUCUAAGCUCGAACCAGCAUAGCGGGAACCCCAGUUAAACAGUGGAACAUCUCACUCUGAGGAAUUAAGCAUUGUUAUGAUAUAGCCAAUGUCGCUAAUGGAGGUCAGCUGUUUAAUUCUCGAGGAAAUCCAUGAGUACAUAAUUGGAUGGUGAACCUCUUGCCCUUUAAGACAACUGUUUUAAGCUGUGGAACUGUGAUCCAGAGGGAAAAACCUCUCUUCUCAACAUCUGCACCAACCUAUUCUUAUGCCCUUGCUGGUCUUCUAUGGUCUCUCAAGAUCACAAACAAAAGCUGAUGUGGUGUAAGACCAGUGUGCCAAUACUGCCAGUAUUAUGCUUUUCCUUAGUUUCGGUCAUAUAUAUAAGUUACAAUGUCUGAUGCUGAUAUUAAGGUCAAAGUGUCAAAUAAUUAAGUACAUGUAUGUAAAUGUAUUUCCUGUGAGCAAAAAGCUCAAAAUUCAGACUGCUCUGAAUGCAACGUUUACUAUGGCCUUUUCCAGAUGAUGUGACUAGCCAUCUAAUCGUGGAUUUCUUUACAUGUCCCUUUGCUCCCGGCAGGUCAUGCACUCCUCAGGAGUCAGGACUAACUUUCUAGUUUCUGUAUGCAGACAGAGAUCUUUCGGUGGUGAGGGAAAGCAAUAUGUGUUUUUUCCUCUGAUGUUGUGCUCUGCCUUACUUGUAGCUAUUACCUAACUGGUAGCUGCUGCUAACUGACUGGGAGCUUGAGAACUGGAAGUUCUUACCAGAGUCACCUAAUAGGACGACUGAGUUAGCUGCACUGCUAACCAGCAACAGCUGCAGCUAGUUAGUGGCUAAAGUAGAUAACCGCUGACAACAGGUGUCAUCAGGACACUAAAUCACUGAAAGCUGAAGCAGAUACAGAGAACUGGAAAUUAGUAUAUAGGUCCACUUUAGAUGACUAUAUAUCACAACAAUAUAUACACAACAAUAGGUUUCCUCGCUGGACACAUGUUUUACCUUAAGGUCUUUUUAACUUCAUAGUUGUUUUUGAGUAUGCCCUCCGCCACUACAGUACAUAAAGGCAGAUCUGCGACAGAAUUUUUAGACAUUUCACUUGUCCAUCUACCCUAAUAGCUGUGUCGGCCCACACCAGUGCUAAGAGACGUGCAUGUGCAUAUCAAUACACAAAAUUCCCUACCUUUUGAAAAAAAAAAAUUCUCUUGCCUACCUAGUAAAGAAUAAAAGUGUAAAAGCCUAUUUUACUUUGACAAGUGCCCACUGUGUAAUCUACUGAAGGUUAUUCAUACUUUCCUAAUUUAGGCUAACCACAUACUGACUUGUUCCUUAUGUAAUACACAGACAGUAGAUUGAUAUUGUUCUUGUCAUUUUACCCUCAGAGAAAAGAUAAUAAGAGUAUUUCCCAAAAUGUUGAACUAUCACUUUAAGAGUCUAUGUAAACACUACCUCUAAGAGAAUACAGCUAACUGGAUAAUUACCAUAUUCGCGCAUGAUUGUGAAUAACUAUGAACACUAGUUAGUAUUUAAUAGAGAGUGUUACUUGGAAAAGUAAUAGGAAAUUAUUACUGACUGAAAUAUUUCACCUUUGAAAUUAAUAUGUACUAUUUGGCAGUUGGCCAGUAUUGAACUUGUUGUAGAUUGUAAUAGUCAGCAAGAAAUAACUUGUUAUGUAUGCAUAUAUAUGAUCAACAUAUGUGCAAUUUAUAUGUAACAAUGUACUGAAUGUGACCGUGCCAAAAUUAUUAUACUCUAAGUGCAAGCAGGUGUGAUGUAAAGUCAAUCUAUCUCUAGUCUAAUAUAUGCUUAAUAAAAGUCUGAUUAACAAUA